AUGGGGCCGCCAGCCCAUGGUGGCCCCGCCUUUGUUUUUCACGCCACUCCCGCCGACCAGGGCACCACACAGGGUCAGCUGGCCCUGCCUGCACCCCCGGUCCAGGGCCACCCGUGCCCACUGCAGGAAAUCUGGCCGGCUCGCUCUGGCCUCUGGUCUGUUUCCAGGAGGUCCUCCCCUCGCCUCCUGUGCACAGCCCCCAAGCAGAAGAACGGCCAGAACUUGGAGGAGGACGUGGGCCGCCAUGACCAGAAGGCAGACUCGCCCUCCGCGGAGAAGCUGCUCCUGGAGGAGAAGGUCAAGUUGGAGGAGCAGCUGAAGGAGACCAUGGAAAAGUACAAGCGCGCUCUGGCGGACACCGAGAACCUGCGGCAGAGAAGCCAGAAGCUGGUGGAAGAGGCCAAGUUAUAUGGCAUCCAGGCCUUCUGCAAGGACCUGCUGGAGGUGGCGGACAUCCUGGAGAAGGCCACGGAGAGCGUGCCCCGGGAGGAGGUCAGGGACGACAACCCGCACCUCAAGAGCCUGUACGAGGGGCUGGUCAUGACGGAGGUCCAGAUCCAGAAGGUGUUCACCAAGCACGGCCUGCUCAAGCUGAACCCCGUGGGAGCCAAGUUCGACCCCUAUGAGCACGAGGCCCUGUUCCACACGCCAGUGGAGGGCAAGGAGCCGGGCACAGUGGCGCUGGUCAACAAAGUGGGGUACAAGCUGCACGGGCGCACACUGAGGCCGGCCCUGGUGGGGGUGGUGAAGGAAGCGUAGCCGCCUCUGGGGGCGGCAGUCUGUGGCCCGCGCUGUCACUGCAAGGCCGAGUCGUCUCGCCGAGUACUCUGACCUGUCCUGGGCCUGUGGGGCGCUUAGUGACCAGUGGCCCACAAAAUUAAGGCGGUUGCUGACGCUCUGAUGAA